AUGGUCGAAAACGAGAAACCUUGGCCCGAACCUGCUCCAGAUUGGCCUGAAGCGAAAAAAACUUGGAAGUUAGCCUGGCCUUUUCACGUUUAUCUUUUUACAGCCCUAAACGUUUUGGUGGUGAUUCGCGGCACGUACGACUUAGUCAAACGAGGAAGAACGCAUUUAAGGAGGAAGGAUCAUCGCUUCUUGAUGAAUUUACUUCUUAUAUUGUUCGGCUUCAGUCGCACAAUGUACCUGCUUUGGAAUCCGUACGAAUCGGAUCCUGAUGUUACCAAAACAAUUCUGGUAAUCUGCAUCGUCACGUUUGGUAUCGGAACUGCAUGUAUCGUAUCAGCAUUUAGUUUUGUGCUGUUGAUCGUUCUAGAAAGCACACGCAUUUCGCUCGCUCCCAGCAAGUUUCAAAACAGAGGAUUUCUUCUUGGACUUUCCAUCGUCAACAUUCUGUACGUGAUCGUGUCUGAUUUAAUCGUUGCCAAUUUUCACGAAGCUAAAGCUAUGAUAAUAGUUUGUCAAGUCAUUUUUGCUGCCUGGGGAUUUCUGAUUGCGAUAGGGUUUAUUACAGCUGCCGCACGACUUUGGCGCAACUUGAAAGCUUCGCGUCAAACCUCUCAGUACGACCCUGUUCUGGCUGCCGAGAGUAAGAAGGUCAGAAGAUUGGUCAGUUUGCUUUAUUCAUCGUCGUUUUGCGGAGUGUUAAUGUUCUCAACCAUUGUUUAUUCAGCCUUUGGCGCAACAGGAGUGAAUAACGAGUCUGGUUUAGUGAGGAGUUGGCCUUGGAUUGCAGUGAAGACAUUAAUGAGAACAUUAGAGGUACUGAUGUGCUUGCUGAUAUACCUAGUCGCUUUGAAAACGAGAACUUCUAAGCCCACGAAAAAUAAUCAGAUCAGCAAUGACUCGACGCUAGAGAGGGUCAACUGCUCGACGCAAACAUUUUGA